GAACAACUAACAGUGUGAGUCUCAAACCUCUCACAACACAAGUUAAAGGACACAGAGACUAAAGAACCGAACAAAGACCUUCAUCAGGAUUACAAGUUUGGAUUGAAAGGCUGCCGUCAGACAAAAAACAUCCCCAAUAAGAAGAAGAAGCGAAACCCAAAGUGAAGAUGAAUCUGUUAGUCAUCCUCACCCUCCUUGGAGUAUUCAACAUUAAUGUGGCUUUUUCAAGAAGACGGUCCAAAGAGAGAUCAUCAAGCCCUCAAGUCAUUCACAAAGAGACGUGUCUGUCUGGCAAUGGGAGUAGUUACAGGGGAACUGUUUCCAAAUCAGCCAGCGGCCGCAGGUGUCUCAACUGGUCCAGGUUUGAAAACCUUUGGGGAAUUGGCGACCACAGUUACUGCAGGAAUCCUGACCAGAGAUUGAAGCCAUGGUGCUAUGUCCGAAAAAACAGAAGGGUCGCGAAAGAUUACUGCGAUAUUCCCAAAUGUUCACCAUCAACAGUCAAACCUCCCCCUUCCACGACAACAGUCAAACCUCCCCCUUCCACGACAUCAAUCAAACCUCCCCCAGCUGUGGAUACAGAGCUGACAUGUGGUGAGAAGUCCGAGCGCAAGAUGAAUAAAAUUGUGGGUGGUUCUUUCACACGAAUCGAGUCGCACCCAUGGGUCGCUUCUAUCUUUAAUAAAGGCGGCUUCCUUUGUGGUGGAUCUCUCAUAGCACCAUGCUGGGUACUCAGUGCUGCACACUGCUUCUCUGAUGGUGAGGGGACUAACAUCAAGCAUCUGUCUGUGUACCUGGGGAAGAGGGCCAUCAAUGAGACCGAUGACAUCAGAGAACAGAAUUUCACAGUGGAAAAACUGAUCGUCCAUCAAAAAUACAACGAGAACAACUUCAACAAUGACAUAGCACUGCUGAAGAUCAGAUCUAGAGAUGGAAGAUGUGCGGUGCAAUCACCGUCUGCACGGAUAGUUUGUCUUCCUCCAUCUCACACUCGGCUUCCUGCAGGAUUUCACUGCAGCAUUGCAGGAUACGGGAAGGAGAGAGUUGGGGCGUGGCGGUACUCACAGAUACUGAAACAGGCCGAGGUAAAUCUCAUCUCCCAGACUGACUGCAGGAGUAAAUCUAUACACCAUAGAAAUCUCCUCACUGAAAACAUGUUUUGUGCUGGGAGCCCUGACUGGAGCACUGAUGCCUGCAAGGGUGACUCUGGUGGUCCGUUGGUGUGUGAAGCGUCUGGCCGGAUGUUUCUCUUCGGAGUAGUGAGCUGGGGUGUUGGCUGCGCCGAGAAGAACAAACCAGGUGUUUACACGCAAGUCAGCAACUACAACCAAUGGAUCGCAGACAUAACACAGCUUCCCGAAUACACAGCAGGAAAACUGUAUCCCACAAAAUGAAGCUGUGGCAGAAAGUUACCACUCGGGCAUUUCAUUUUUUAAAGGAAUAUUUGGCAAUGUUGCGCGCGCGCGCGCGCGCGUGUGUGUGUGUGUGUGUGUGUGUAAGCAGUGGUAGAGAGUGGCAAUUGCUAUAAAUGUGAAGGAUUUGCUAAAUAUAUUUAAUUGUAUAUAGUGUGUCAUUUUCUAAUACUGUUUUAAUUUUUUUAUGCUAAAUUUAUUCAUAUUAGGAAUACGGAUGUAAAAACAAGCUAUUUGAAAGUUAAUUUAUCUAAUGAAAUUUAAGAGGAAUGUCCUCAUGUUGAAGGCUGGCCCUACUAUUGAGCAAUAUUUUGUAAUAAAU